CGGGAUAGUCAACUACACUCAGUUUGCCUUACUCGACUUCACAACAGGAUAAUGAUUGGCAAACAAACCGUUGAUUAAUUCACUCGAGUGAAUGCAAAUAAAGCAGCGGAUAAAGUUAAGUAAAAAACGUUACUUCAGCGUCCGACGAAGGAAUAUAUGGUUAUAUUGACAUCCAUUCGACCAGUCAAACUGUUAAAAUUGGGGAGUUUUCUACUCAAAAUGUUUAUUGCCCGACGACGUUUCCUUUGUGUGUGUACGGGAAUUGCGAUAGUUUCAUCUGGACAAAUCGGUCUAAUGGAUACCAGAAGAUCUGAAAGAAAUGUACUUGUUUUAUAACGUGUCCUGGAGUCUAUUGAAUAACUGGCUGACGUGGGGAUCACGAAGGGGUGCUGGCCGAAAAAGGAGAGACUCCGGCGGGCAGAGGGGCUGCGCCGCCGCGCGUCUGGGAUUAACGUAACGUUACAGUAAACACAAUUUGUUUCUUCAAUAUCCUAAUAGGCUUUAAUGAGAUAAUGCAAUCUCAGGCAUAUAAAACGCGAAGGAAACUAUGUAGUAUGUCUUCUUUGAGGGGUUCUGAGACGCACAGACUGACAACUGCCUAUAAAUUCAUGGAUGUUUACAUCAGUGAAUGAUUUGGAAGUUUGUAAAGUUUAUAAAGGCCAUCGAUACCUGCUGUAUUAACUUUGUUUUUAAUAUCUGAUGCAUGUUACGAGUGCUGUCUAAGAUGGUUGAGAACAGAUGCUUUGUUCAGAGAGAGGAGGUUUACCGCUGGUUCUCCGCGUUGAGUUCGGCGCAGAGGGCUGAGUUUCUCUGCGGCCUUUUGGACCUCUGCGUCCCCAUUGAGCUGCGCUUCCUCGGCUCAUGUCUGGAAGACCUUGCGCGAAAAGACUACCACUCUCUGAGAGAUGCAGAAAUCAAAGCUAACAACCCAGCUGACCUCGCCAACCUGACCAACAUCACAGAUGAGGUCGUGAGGAGCAAGCUGCUCGUCUCUCUCGCGCUCCUCAUAUCGGACAACCGCGUAGCAGCGGGAGUUUUGUUUAGGACCCUCACUCACAUAGACACCAUCAUUAAUAACUACGGACUUCAGCUUAACGAUGGCCAGACGGGAGAGCAGUUUCUGCUCCUCUUCACCAUGGCUUCGAACCAUCCCGCCUUUAGUUUUCAUCAAAAGCAGGUGCUGAGGCAAGAGUUGACACAGAUCCAGGAGAUCCUUCAGGUGACAGUUGGUGAGGCGCAGUCGACGUCACACGGGGGCGGGGCCAGCGCUGCUGAGCUCCCAAACGUGAGCUCGACCCCGACCUGCUCUUCCCAAAUUACAACAUCCACCUUCAGCUCCUGCCAGGUCGGAUGUCCAUGCUGCAAGAACGUGCAACGGGAGGUCACAGGAGGUCAGACGGAUGAAGGCUUGGGUCCUGAGGUCACGCUGCCAAGUCAGUCACUCUUGUGUCAGGAAAUGCCACUCAAAGUGCAUGUCGAAAAACCCUGCAAAGUGUACAUUGAAAGAAUUGAACUAAGGGGAGUAACACCCAAAUCAGACAAACCAACAGAAUACAUCUUGGAGGCCUUGUGGUCCGACUCCUCUUUGUCGACUGUCAGCAAAACCCUCCUGGAAGUUGUGGAGUUUAUCUCUCAGCUAUCUCAGCUCUUUCCUGAUGAAUGUCUAGAGAAACUUCUGCCCCAAAUGCCUGGACUUGAUUCCACUCAUGAACUAGAUCCUCGAUGCUUGACCUCUCUUCCACCUCAUGUUCUUAAACAUGACAAAGUCUGUUUCUUCUUCAGCACUUCGUCUGAACCUCAGCUCCCUACCAGCACAAAUCUGGGCUGUCUGCUUCAGUACAGGGGAGCGAGCAGGCCCAUUUGUGGUGUCGCCAGCAUCCAGCCUGUCCUAAGUGUCCAUGCGCCCCUCCCACAGAGCUCCCCUGCCCACCUGCCCCCUCUCCCUCCCCAGACAGCGAUGGCCAUCCUUCCUGGCACUGCCGUACCCAUGGGGGAGUCCAGCCCACCACAGACACACCUCACAAACCCCGCACCCCAACCCCAAGCCCAGUCCCAGCAUCCCAGCCCGGAGCAGAAUGGCAUCCUGGACUGGCUUCGUAAACUACGGUUGCAUAAAUACUACCCCGUCUUCAAACAACUAACCAUGGAGGAGUUCCUCGCUCUCACAGAAGAGGAUCUGAACAAGUACGACCUCACUCAGGGGGCCAAGAAGAAACUCAAGACUCAGCUGGAGCUUCAGAAAGAGAAGCUGGAGAAGAGAUACAUGGUCUCUCAGUUUCCAGUUUCCUGUAGUGGGGUUGCCAGAGUGACCCCUUCCAGUCAUAUCGGACCCCUGACGCACGCACACACUGGAAGUGAGCUACGGGUAGACGUCGAGAACAGCUCGGUGCCCAUUCCACGGGACAGCAGUUCCUCCUCAGGCUAUUCCAGUGCUCCUUCCAGUCCAAUGACCCCUUUAUCACGUGACACUUCUUUUGACCGGGUCAAAGACCUUCACAGACGUUUCGAGUCUGGUUUGGAUCCUGGUGAGAAAGAGCGGUCAUGCUUUCUCGUCAAUCCUGCGGUAACCACCGGUCCCAGCCGUCCCACUGCCCAAGUCCUCCCAGUCCAGAACGAUCCCUCCCUCUGUCCCUCCCAAAUGAAUUUGCCCCCUCCAUCCUUGCCUCUCCUCUCCCCAGGCCGCGUUAUCAACUCUCCCCGCAAACUUCGUCCACCCACUCUCUGUUCAGAAGAACGUCCCAAACCGAUGGGGUCUGGGGUCACCAUGGGUGUUCGGCUUGAGAACAUCUUCCCUGGGUUGAAUCUUGACAGUUCUCCGAGGCACCAGGAUGUGUCAAGCCCCCGUGGGCCCCUCACAGUGCUUCGCUCCCCUCCAGGUCUCAUGGUGGAGACCAGCACUGCUCUCACCUCCACAUCUAACACCCUCCAUCAUGCUUCCCACCCACCCUUACAUUUACAAGUGUCGUUUUCUGUUCCACGCACAGGGUCGUACCCUUUCUCCACCCCGUCCUCCUGCCCCUCAUCGAGUUCCUCCACCAGACCCACCUUCUCAACUGUCAGUGGAGUUCCAAUAGCAACAGCCAGCAACGUUCCCAUGGCGGCAGUUCCCGGGAACACAUACUGCGUUAACAGUACACCCACAGUCACACCCAGUUCUAGCCCAGCAUCCACAGAGAAUAGCGGCUAUGCCUCAGUACAAGCAAACAGCGCUAACUCCAGUUCCUCAUUGUGCGUUUGUAGCUCUUGUGGUUGUAGCGGCAACUGUGGCUCGUACGGGGCACUUCCGGCUAGUUACGCCGGAUAUUUUCCACAUCCGUUUUCAGGAACUUCAGUAUUCACAUUAGGGCCUUUGCUUCAUUUCAGCCCCCUCCUUACAGGAAGUGGUCCCGCCUCUCCCUUUUCCCACCCCCUCGUGGCCCCGCCUAUUUACAACAGCAGUCUAUCACAUGACUCACAACAAAAUCUUGUGCUUCCACCAGUGCAGGGUUUUCUAGGGGGAGGGGGUGGUGUGUACCAGCCCCAUGGAAUGAUGGGAAAUGGAAGUACUGGGCAUAAGAAAACAGGGAAUGUGUCCUGCUAUAACUGUGGGCUGAGUGGGCAUCGAGCACAAGACUGCAAGCAGCCAGCAAUGGACUCUGCACAACAAGGGACUUUUCGUCUGAAAUAUUCCCCACAGACAGACAACCAGGACUCAGGGGAAUAAAUGGUGUGAAUGAACUGGUCUGGACCUGCAACUUCCUCAGUGUGUAAAGACACUUGAUGUGAGACUCUGCUGAGCAAAGGCAUUACAGUUUCUCUUUAGAGGAGAAUCAAGUAAUGAAGUUCAAUCAGUUAUGGCUUCCAAUGAAAGCCUUGUGCCAAAGAAUUACUUCACGGUGGAUCUUCGUAAAGGGAAGUUCAAAAAGAAUUCACUCUUUUUGUGUUCUUCACGCUGUUCUUCUCACUUGAGACUCGCUUGAGCACUGUGGAGCAGCCAAUAGUGUAUCAGAUCAUGCUGCACAUGUCAUUCUUGGAAGCAAAACAAGGAGAUUUUGCUCGCCAAAUAAUGUGCAAUGAUGGCCAUGUCUUUUUGCUCAUGGUGUGACUAUAAGUCAUCUUUUGUGAAUAAGAUAGUGGCAAUCUUUUUUUCUGGAUGUUCGCAAAGGAAGGAGAAACUGACAGUUGUGAAAGCGAAAAGUUUUCAAUCUCAAGAAGUGCGUUUUUAGCUUUUUGACUACAGGAAGUCUUCUUAAUCAUCAUGUGUUAUUCCUGUUUGUUGUAAUCAUGGCGUAUUUGUUAAUAUCUGGGUUUUAGAAAACACGUUUUCUAUUUUCAAAUGGUAUUUUUUUGUUAUUUUCUCUUUGUUAUAGAGGUGCCACAUCAAGUGGCACUCAGAUUAAAUGUUUAUACAUUCAAUGCACUUGAGGCCGCUAAAGCUUUUUUUUUAAUUCUUGAAACUGUUUUUGAAAUGGAACUGAACACAAGAGGAAACCGUUUUCAGUAUGGCACACUACAAAGGUCAAAAAGUGGGCUUUUCCCUGUUGUUUCUCAAUAACAUUAGCCUAAAAAUGUUCCAGUGUGUUGAAAAAAGUCAAGACUUUCACCAUUAGGCACAUUUAGCCAAUAGAUGCCAUUCCGUUGUCUUUGCCAAACAUUUUUGAUGUUUCAAAGGAAAUGGUGAUAUUUCUGUUUAUAAAUUACAAAGAUCUGGAGUCACUGGCUAUGCAUGUCGCCUGAUUUACUUUGUGCUGCUUCUAUUAUGUCUAGUAUUAUCGCAGGAAAGCUUUAUGUCUAAAAUGACAAUGCUGACGCAGCCCUUUUGUAUUCGGAGGUGAAUGUUAAAUGAAGUUUGAUUGUUGAAUUUUUGUAUAAUGUAUCACUUUGACACUUUAAAAAAGAAUUAAAAAUGUUUUUGAGAA